CGUGGUCCUGCCUGAAUGAACGCCAAAUUUUGAUGAGCUUUAGCUAGGCUACUUGAAAUUCUAAAGGCAGACAGUUUCUCUAACGUCAAAGUUUUGUAAGCAGACAAACGGUGGCUAACCAUGAGUACUGGCACUCCUUAUCUCGGUAGUAAAAUUAGCCUCAUAUCAAAGGCUUUGAUACGUUAUGAGGGCACGCUGUACACGAUUGAUACUGACAACUCAACUGUGGCAUUGGCGAAAGUGAAGUCCUUUGGGACAGAGGGAAGGCCCACAGACAAGCCUGCACCACCAAGAGAUGAAGUCUUUGAUUACAUCAUUUUCAGAGGCAGUGAUAUCAAGGACCUUACAGUCUGUGAGCCUCCAAAACUGCAUCACAAUUUACCCCAAGACCCUGCAAUAGUUCAGUCGUCCAUUGGCAGCUCUGCAGGUGGUCCAUCUUCCCAUGCGCCGUAUUCGCCAUACAGAGGUAUGAUGCCAUCCUACAGCCAGCUCGCCGCCAGCUCCCUGCUGAACCAGCACUAUGCAGCAGCGAUGGGUCUAGGAGCAGGCAUGCAUGGCUUUCCAGCCCGAAGAGGCCCAAUGGUUGAGCAGGCUGUCCAGACGGUGACGGUACAGAAAGCUCAGGCUCAGAAAAAGGGUGCGUAUGGAGGAGUAGUGCAGCCACAGAGGCGAAAUGGAGGUAGACCUGGAAGGAGUGGAAACCUGCAAUCCCAGAGGUCCUCGGGGCAAGGCAAUGUUCCCACUGCACAACCAAACUCGCCAAGGCAAGGAGAUGAGAACAGACCACCACAGAGAAGACGCCAAGGUCCGCGACGAUCCAGGAAUCGUGGUAGAGGCAAGAUGAACGCCUCUAGCACAAAACCCACAAUACUCCAGUUUGAGUCUGACUUUGACUUUGAGACUGCCCAUGCACAGUUCAACAAAGAUGUUGAAAGGGAGAUUCAAGAGCAGCUGAAUGUCAAAGAAGUGAAGAAUGAUGAUGAGGAGAAAUCAGAAGAAAAGGAGGAAGAGACUGAGGAGAAAACCACUGAGGGAACCACACCGGAAGGCCCGUUGGGGCCCAGCUGCUACUACAACAAGGCCAAAUGCUUUUUCGAUAACAUCUCCUCAGAAAUGAAGGCAAGGCGCACCACAUGGGCAGAGGAGAGGAAGCGGAACGUGGAGACUUUUGGAGUUCCAGGUCGUUUCUUCAGGGGGCGGGGGAUGCGUGGGGGUUAUCGUGGGCAAAGGGGAAGAGGAGGUCUACCGCGACUAGUAGGCAGUGGCAGAAUUUGAGAUGGUGCCUCUUGAAACUUAAGUAUUUUCCUGUAUUUUGUACUAUAAAUAUUUUGCUUUUGUACUUUUUUCGUUUUCCUUUGAAAUGUGUAAAUGUGCUUUGGCCAAACAAUACAUAAACAAAAUGUGCAAGAGGUUGAUGUAUAACCUGAAUGCUGAUAUUUUUUUCUUGGAUACUUUUUGUAUUGAUUUUUUGUUUUUUGAUUAUUGAUAAAUGUCCUAUCUAGCACAGUAAUUUGACCUGUAUAAUCACCUCAUCGUUUCAAUUUGUGAGAUCUGCCAAUUACACGGUGUGUAUCUCCUGAAUUUAUAUGUAUUGUUCAGAGCCAAGCCCAAAUUGUUUAUGGCACUUAUGUACAGCCACAUGUAAAUUAAUUGUAUCUAUGAAACUGCGAUACCCCACUCUGAUUUAUGUACCUUUUUCGUUUAACUUUUUUUUUUUAAAUCCAUUUUUGAAGGAAGUAACUUAUUUGUGGGGACACGCAUGCUGCUGCAUAUGAUUAAAUAAACAUUCAAAAUAUCUAUACAAGA